CAACCUCGCUUCUAUAAAUCAUCAAUCUCCCCCCACUAUACAAAACCCCUCACAAACUUCCUUUUCUCUCUCUCUCUCUCUAUACUCUAUUGUUGCAUCUUGGUCAAACAAUAAAACAACACUGCAGAAGCAGCGAAAAUAGCAUCCUCAACGUACACAAACCUAAGCACAAACAAAAAAUGUCUGCAAAAUGCAGUAAAAUCCGCCACAUUGUGCGCCUCCGCCAGAUGCUACGACGCUGGCGAAACAAAGCACGCAUGUCAUCAGCUAAUCGUGCACCGUCGGAUGUACCCGCCGGACACGUGGCAGUCUGCGUCGGAACUAACUACACCAGAUUUAUCAUGCGCGCGACCUACCUGAACCACCCCAUUUUCCAGAAGCUUCUUGUUCAAGCCGAAGAAGAAUACGGUUUCUCUAACCACGGUCCUCUUACCAUCCCCUGCGAUGAAGAAUUCUUCCAAGAAGCUCUCCGGUUCAUUUCCCGGUCUAGCAACGGAUCGAACCGGUUUGUUAAUCUCGAGUUUGAAGAUUUUCAAAGACGCUGCCACGUGGGAAUUAGAAGUAACGUGGAUUUUUGGCCUGAAUCUCGACCGCUCCUCCAUGGUUUAAGUGAAAAAAAUAUUUGGUAGCGGUCCAACCGAACCAAACCGGUUAGUUCGGUUCAGAUCGUUACUCACUCGGAUUCUAACUCGUGUUCGGAGAAUUUCAACCAAUGUUUGAAUGAACUCAAUUUGAGUGGCAUUCAAGAGAAGGUAUCUGAUCUCAUCCCAACUCGAGUGAUUAAUCUCUGCAGUUGCGGAUAUAUUUAUUUAUACAAUGGUAAAUCGUGGGUUUGAUUUUUAACCCUAAUUUUACUUUUUGUAUGGUGGUGAGGAUUGGAAAAUUGGAGGGAUGAGAUAUUUUUUAAAGCCAUCUCAGUUGUAUUGUAUUUUAUUUAAUUUAUGUGCAUUAUUAUUGUUCUAUUUUGCACAAUGAAAAAAAAAACAAUUUUACAAUGCUCCGGGGAAUGAUAUAAGGAGAUGGCUAGAAGCGAGUCGUCCCGAGUUGAGAUCCGAGUGAAGGAGGCGAGUUGAGGAUUAUUGAUGUAAAUUAUUGUGUAUGUAUGUAAUGUAAUGUUGAAUCAUGUUCAUGAAAUGACAUGGAGGUGUAGAGAAUAUUGAAUUUUUAAAUCUGAUUGUAGUAGUUUCUCUUUCAUUAUUAUUGUUGUAUUGAAUAGUAUUUGGGGAAUCUUUUCACGAUUAAAAAGAAAAGAAAAUUACUUUU